AUGGUACGAUUUCGAAAUCUCCCGAUCAUUCGCAGGCUUUUUGCCAGAGCCGACGAUGGCAAGCCUCCAUUUCCUACCCAGCAGCUCUUCGUUCUAGGUCUUUGUCGGAUAUGCGAACCUAUUGCAUUUAUGUCUAUAUUUCCUUAUGUUUAUUACAUGGUUGGCAGUUUUAAUGUCACCACCGAUGAUCGAAAGAUUGCCUUCUAUGCUGGAAUUGUUACCUCCGCCUUUACUUUGGCCGAAUUUUCCACCGGUAUGCUAUGGGGCCGCGUGAGCGAUGCUAUCGGCCGGAAACCAGUCCUCAUUAUGGGGCUAGUUGGCACAGCCAUUAGUAUGAUGGUAUUUGGGUUUGCUUCCAGCCUUCCGAUGGCCUUGAUGGCUCGAGCUCUCGGCGGCUUACUCAACGGAAACAUCGGCGUCCUUCAGACCACAGUCGCGGAGCUCGUCACCAAUAAGGAACAUCAACCGCGGGCCUAUUCCAUUAUGCCAUUCGUUUGGUGUCUCGGAUCGAUCAUUGGUCCUGCGAUUGGCGGCGCCUUGGCCAAACCAUGUGACAGCUAUCCAUCUCUUUUCCCGGAAGAUAGCAUCUUCAAGCAAUAUCCCUACUUACUCCCCAACUUGGUUUGCGUUACGGUUCUUCUUGCUGGCAUUACCAUUGGUAUACUUUUCUUAGAGGAGACCCAUGCAGAAAAGCGACACCAACGAGACCGGGGCCGUGAACUCGGAAAGUACCUCGUGGCGAUACUCUUCAGGGGUGAAGAUGUGGCAAGGGGUAUGAAGAAUACGAGCUGCACUGGGGAUGAGGACGCUAAACCAUUCUUAUACCAUGACGACCCCCCGCCAGGCUAUGACUGCCUUGAAGAUCCUGAUACCCAAGAGUCCCCGGCCCCAAAGCAACCAAUAGUUUUGCCAGUUGAAACGAAGAAGAGUAAAGGAUUUAUCAGGGCAUUCACCCCAAGAGUGAAAUAUAUAAUUUUAGGAUAUGGGCUUCUCGCCUAUCACAGCGUGAGUUUCGAUCAGCUCAUGCCUGUCUUUUUGAGCACCCCCGCUUCCAAUGUACCGGUCGAACUCCCAUUCAAGUUCCUUGGAGGCUUAUCUCUUUCAACUAAAACCGUGGGAUUCAUGCUUGCUGUACAGGGUAUCUACUCUAUGAUAGCACAGCUCGUUCUGUUCCCAUUCGUUGUCCGAUCAUUUGGGACCCUGAAUACCUACCGAUUUGUCAUAAGUGUUUGGCCAGUUCUCUACCUCGCUGUACCAUAUCUUGUCCUCCUCCCCGAAGCGUUACGAUUGCCCGCGGCAUAUCUCGCACUAAUUUGCAAGAUUACUCUCCACGUCAUCGCUUUCCCGUCAAAUGCUAUUCUUCUUGCGAACUCUGCACCAUCGACCACCGUGCUCGGAUCCAUUAAUGGUGUAGCAGCUUCCACUGCUAGUUUAAGCAGAGCCCUUGGCCCAACUGUGACUGGAUUUCUGCAUUCGCGAGGCCUAGAGCACAGGCUCUCCAUUCUAUCGUGGUGGGCUUGUGGUCUGGUCUGCGCAAUCGGUGCUAUUGAGAGCUUCUGGAUAGAAGGAGACAAUGCCAAGCCAGUUCAGCAAAAAGACGUCGAAAAAUUGGCAAAAAUGGAUGUGGAUGACUGCGAGACUGGUCUACAAUACGAGGAAUCAGAACUGAGCCUAGAUAAGACUAGGCCUCCGUCAGAGUCUUCCAGGGAAUCCUCCACCCCCAACUCCAAGGCAUAA